UAUUGAUCAUGAACUCCCCAUAGAACCCUUUUACUUUUCUCAGAUGGUCUUGAAAUGAGAUCCUGUGCCCUUCUCGUCACGGCCAGCGGCUGCUGCAGAUCGGCAGGGACACGAGUAUCAUUUCGCCCGUUUUCGCAAUCCUCCAGAGUAUUCGUGGACGUGGAAGGAGACAAAUCAUAUAGUCAGCCAGCAGAGAACCUCAGUCACAAUGUCACCAAAGAAGAAAAACUUGACUACGACCGGAGAAUCGCAGAGGAGUCGGGCAGAGGGAUCCGAACGCCAUGGCAUCGAGAGGGAACAGGCCAACCACCAGUCGCACGGUUACGGAGUUCUAGUGCGAUGACCAAGGGCAAAAUCCUCACGACGCCAUCACGGAUGCUUAAACUCAUCCUACCACUAACGACACGCGAUUACAACGCUGACCGCAAGAACGUCGAACCUCUCGCGCUUCUGGUUCACCCUCAACAACCACUCUCCUACCUCGAGCGACUCAUACAAGCUGAACUGCCCUUUAUCAAACACGACGGCAAGGACUGCGUCCCCAACGUCUACUUCCGCGCCGUCAACUCAAUAGGCGACAGGAUCAACACUGCCGAGUCGGACGAAACCGACGAACAACACAACUCGGAAGCGGAAAAUGUCGAAGAUGCGGAUGAAGUCAACAUAGACGGGAAGGUCCAGAAGACAGGGAAGCUGAAGGAUGCAUCCGACUCGGGUGUAGCGGAAUCUACGCUCCGUGGUCGGCCAGGAGAAGGCGGAGUCGAAUCGUAUAGCGGGCUUGGACAAGAUCGCAAAGACGAGAAGCUGAAAGAAGACGAGAAAUUCGUGAGAUGGUCAUCAUCGACGGAAUUGGGGGACUUCAUCCGCGAUGCGGCACGCGCGAAGACGUUUGCGGUGGAGAUCGAAGGCGCGCCGAACCAGAUCAUGGUGGGAGUGCCGAGCUUCAAGGACCGGACGUAUUAUUUGCGGAUGCGCUUAAGGAAGAAGAGCCACCAGAUCGCAGGGAUGGCGGAUUUGAAGAAGGAAUGCAACCAAUUGGCACAUCGCGGUGCGAGAAGAAUGGCGCUCGGAGGAUUCGGGGUGUUAGUUGUAUAUUGGUAUAUGGUAUACCGCCUCACGUUUGAGACGGAUCUCGGAUGGGAGUUCAUGGAGCCCGUUACUUACCUUGUCGGAUUAUCGACCCUGAUCGGGGGCUACGUCUGGUUCCUUUACCAUAACCGCGAAGUCUCCUAUCAAAGCGCCAUGAACUUCUCGAUCUCCCGGCGCCAAUCCAAGCUCUACAACCAAAAAGGUUUCGACGUGCACAAAUGGCAAACAUUAAUCGAAGAAGGCAACGCGCUUCGUCGCGAGGUCAAAGCCGUAGCGUCCGAGUAUGAUGUUGAUUGGAACGAAGCGGAAGACGAGCAGGAUGAGAAAGUUGUGAAGGCGCUAAAAAAGGGAGCGAAGAAGGCGAAGAAGAGAAAGGAGGAAGAGGAUGAUAAGGAUAAAGAGGAUUGAUGAAAGAUACCCAGAGGACAAUGAAAUCAU